UGUCUGCGUCCACGGUGCGCAUGGAAGUUGUUGAUGUUGUGUUUGAAGAACGAUUUUUUUACAAUAUUGAUGUAACUACCUGUCUGUCAUCAUGAGUGAAACCGACAAACGAGAAGUCGGGAGUGUGGUAAAAGACAAUGUAGAGUGUUCCACAUCCGAAGAUGAACGUGAAAGCCCCGGUUGUUCAGAUGAAGACGAGAAAAUGAAGGGCUUAUCAAAGAGGGCGAGGAAACGACUACUAAAACACAAACGAUGGGAAGAAACAAAAAGUUUGAAAAGAAAACAGGACAAGUUGAAGAAGAAGCGGAAGUUUGAAGAUGCUCGAGAGAGAGGGCAGGAUCUGGGACCAUCCAGGAAAUCCCUGAAGAAGAACUGCAUGCAGAACUCUCGGUGUAAAGUGAAGGCAGUCAUAGACUGCUCCUUCGACGAACACAUGACAGAGAAGGAUGUGCGGCAUCUGGUCCAGCAGAUACAACAUAGCUACUCUGCCAACAGACGAGCGGACAACCCACUUCAGUUCUACGUGUGUGGUAUUAACGGCAAGGCACUGCAGAGACUUGAUCAGAUCGGAGACUAUAAGGGAUGGGAUGUGUACUUCAAGACCGAGAACUACCUGGACCUAUUCCCAAAGGGGGAUGUGGUCUACCUGUCCAGUGAUUCCCCCAAUGUGCUGCAGGAGCUGGAGGAUGACAAGGUGUACAUCAUCGGGGGACUGGUCGACCACAACCAUCACAAGGGUUUGUGUCACCAGCUUGCAGUGGACAGAGAGGUUAGUCAUGCCCAGCUGCCCAUAACAGAAUAUGUGGAAAUGAAGACCCGCAAAGUCCUUACCAUAAACCACGUAUUUGAGAUCCUCCUGAGGUACACAGAGACCAAAGAUUGGAAGAAGGCAUUUUUCCAAGUCCUGCCACAGAGAAAAGGGUUGAAAGAAAAAGAAAAGGAAGACUCACAAGAUGUGCCUAAGAAAGAUCUUUGUGUGAAAGCUGAAACAGUUAACAAUGAAGGCAGUAGUGAUGCAACAAAUAAACAAAUAAAUACGAAUACAAGCUGAUACUGGCACUGAUACUAUCAAGCCAACUUGAAGAAAUCGUCAAACUCCCGUUUGCCUUCAUGAGAUGGACAGCAGUAUGAAAAGGCAAAUAGUGCAGUGCAUAGGGGUAUUUUAUUCUUCAGAUAUUUCUAAAAAUCCACAUUUCACUAUUAUUACUUGCUUGAUUUUUCGGCCAUUGUGACAUCAAUGUCAGAAUGAGGCUCUACAUUUCAACCACUAAUUCAGUUAUGAGGACUUUCAAAUGUGAUCUGUAUUCGAGAAGGUGGUUUACUGGUCAAAAAGGUUGCCCUUCUUAUGAGUGUUGUCAAUUAAUGAGUAUCAUCCUGGCUGUCAUGUUUUGUCCAUGAGGUCGACCUGAUGUGUCAUUGUCGCGACCUGGCUGAUGGUGCGUCAAGGUGCCCUGUGGGUAGACUAAGUUUGACUUUGAUUACACAAUGCCAUUUAGAAAGUGGUCAAAUGUAACAUAUGUUAUAUUUGGGAUUACACUUUCUUAGUAAAGUACAAAUUCUAGUACUUUUUUUGUGUUGAG